AGACAACGACAACACACACCCGCCAACAUGUCUGACGCCGACUUUGAAACGAUCAGGAAGCUUCAGGCGGAGAGGAAUGCCGCCUCUGCUGGUAAGAAGGGGUCAAAGACGUUUGAUCCAUCUAAUCAGCGAACUGAUGUCUCCACCAAGGCCUCCUUGACCGAAAGCUUCGACACCUCCCUAUACGAACGUGACGGUGGCGAUAAGUUUGCUGGAUACAACACAUCUAUCGCAGUCAACGAUGGCAAUGACGAUGAGGAAAUGGAAGACACCAGCAGGCGCCUGGUAGGCCAAUACACAGCAUCAAAGGAACAGAUCAAUGAGUUUGCGCAUGGCAAUGGGUUUGAAGAAGAAGAUAUUCUUUUGGGCCGCGAGAAGAGCGCAAGAAUAGCUGAUCGAGAAACUGAUUACCAAAAGCGAAGACUGAAUCGUGUCCUCACACCAACCCGAGCGGACCCAUUCGCUGCGAAUAGGCAGGCAGGCGCGGCUGAGGAUGGCGAAAGCUAUCGGGAAAUCAUGGCGCGGAGGGAUCUCGAGAGAGAAGAGGAGAGAGUUAAGAGAGCUAUCGAGGAGAAGGCAUCCAACGGCGAAGUUACACAUCACAAGCCUACGCUGAUCAAAGAUGGUAGUGGUUCUCCUAGCGAUAAAGAGAAUAAGGAGGCAGGAUCCACGGAAGUUGUCACAGCUGGACGAAAGAGAAAACAACGAUGGGACGUCGCUUCUGACGCCACCGAGGUCUCUACACAACCUGCUGAAGCCAAAACAAAGCGUUCACGAUGGGAUCAGACACCUGCAAUCGGAGGCGCUACUGUUGAUGACACGCCGGUGUCUAAACGACGCUCGAGAUGGGAUCAAGCGCCAGCAGCAACACCUAUUGGAAACCAAGGUCUCGUUACGCCUAUGCACCCCUCACAAAUGGGAGGACCAGUGAUGCCUACCGCAUUUGGGACAGAUAUAUCCGCCCGCAAUGCACCACUAUCUGAUGAAGAGCUUGAUAUGAUGCUCCCAACGGAAGGUUACAAGAUUCUGGAUCCCCCGCCAGGAUAUGCACCGAUCAGAACAGCAGCACAGAAGAUCAUGGCUACUCCUACUCCUGCUGGAGGUGCCUCUGGAUUCGGGGGCUUCAUGAUGCAAGAUCCAGAGAGUGGAAGAGCACUUGGUAAGCAACUGCCAACUGAGAUUCCUGGAGUUGGAGACCUCCAAUUUUUCAAGGCCGAGGACAUGGCCUACUUUGGAAAGCUCACAGACGGAAGUGAUGAGAAUACCAUGAGUGUGGAGGAACUCAAGGAACGAAAGAUCAUGAGACUGCUGCUCAAGGUGAAGAACGGAACACCACCCAUGCGAAAGACUGCUUUACGUCAGCUCACAGACAAUGCUCGGCAAUUUGGAGCUGGACCCCUUUUCAACCAAAUUCUUCCCUUGCUAAUGGAAAAAACUUUGGAGGACCAGGAGAGGCAUUUACUCGUCAAAGUCAUUGAUCGUGUUCUUUACAAGCUUGACGAGCUUGUCCGACCUUACGUUCAUAAGAUUUUGGUCGUCAUUGAGCCUCUGCUUAUUGAUCAGGAUUAUUAUGCCAGAGUUGAGGGACGAGAGAUUAUCUCCAAUCUCAGUAAAGCUGCUGGUCUCGCACAUAUGAUCAGUACUAUGCGUCCAGAUAUUGAUCACGUUGACGAGUAUGUUAGAAACACUACUGCACGAGCUUUUGCAGUCGUCGCUUCUGCACUCGGAAUUCCCGCGCUACUUCCAUUCUUGAGAGCUGUAUGUCGAAGCAAGAAGAGUUGGCAAGCAAGACAUACAGGAUGUAAGAUCAUUCAGCAAAUUCCUAUCCUGAUGGGCUGUGCGGUACUUCCACAUCUGAAGGGUUUGGUGGACUGCAUUGGUCCAGCACUCAACGACGAACAGGCGAAAGUCAGGACUUGUGUGGCUCUGGCUCUUGCAGCUUUAGCUGAAGCUGCAAAUCCAUAUGGUAUUGAGAGCUUCGAUGAUGUCCUCAAUCCGUUGUGGAGUGGAAGCAGAAAGCAACGUGGAAAGGGUCUCGCAGGAUUCUUGAAAGCUGUCGGUUACAUUAUUCCACUGAUGGACGAAGAAUAUGCAAAUUACUACACCAGUCAGAUCAUGGAAAUUUUGCUGAGAGAGUUUUCAUCACCUGACGAGGAGAUGAAGAAGGUAGUCCUCAAGGUUGUGUCCCAGUGUGCUGGCACGGAUGGUGUUACGGCUGGGUAUUUGAAAGAGCAUGUUCUCGAUGAGUUCUUCAAAAGUUUCUGGGUUCGACGAAUGGCUCUGGACAAGCGCAAUUAUCGACAGGUCGUCGAAACAACUGUGGAUCUUGGCCAGAAGGUCGGAGUUGGCGAGAUUGUUGAGAGGAUCGUCAAUAACCUCAAGGAUGAAAGCGAGGCGUACAGAAAGAUGACUGUCGAGACUGUCGAGAAAGUUACUGCUAGUCUUGGAGCUGCUGACAUUGGUGAGCGACUGGAAGAGCGCUUGAUCGACGGUAUUCUUCAUUCGUUCCAGGAACAAAGCGUUGAGGACAUCGUCAUGCUGAAUGGAUUCGGCACUGUGGUCAACGCUUUGGGUACACGAUGCAAGCCAUACCUGCCGCAAAUUGUCUCCACCAUCUUGUGGCGUCUCAAUAACAAGUCUGCUACUGUUCGACAACAGGCGGCAGAUUUGAUCUCACGAAUCGCAAUGGUUAUGAAACAAUGUGGAGAGGAUGCGCUGAUGGGCAAAUUGGGCGUGGUUCUUUAUGAAUAUCUAGGAGAAGAAUACCCAGAAGUUCUUGGCUCUAUUCUUGGUGCCCUGCGUUCGAUUGUUACGGUCGUGGGUAUUAGCCAAAUGCAACCACCCAUCAAGGAUCUUUUACCACGACUAACGCCAAUUCUACGAAAUCGACACGAGAAGGUGCAGGAGAAUACCAUCGACUUGGUUGGGCGUAUUGCUGAUCGUGGUCCCGAAAGUGUCAAUGCAAGAGAGUGGAUGAGAAUCUGCUUCGAAUUGCUUGACAUGUUGAAGGCUCAUAAGAAGGGUAUCCGAAGAGCAGCAAAUAACACGUUUGGUUUCAUUGCUAAGGCUAUAGGACCGCAGGAUGUUUUGGCUACGCUACUGAACAAUCUGCGAGUACAAGAACGUCAAUCUCGAGUUUGUACUGCAGUUGCCAUUGGUAUCGUUGCUGAGACUUGCGCACCUUUCACCGUCUUACCAGCCUUGAUGAAUGAGUAUCGGGUGCCUGAACUCAACGUUCAGAACGGUGUCCUAAAAUCGUUGUCCUUCCUAUUUGAGUAUAUCGGCGAGAUGGCAAAAGACUACGUUUAUGCCGUCACUCCAUUACUUGAAGAUGCACUCAUCGACAGAGACCAAGUCCAUAGACAAACUGCUGCUAGUGUUACCAAGCAUGUUGCACUCGGUGUUGUUGGACUUGGUUGCGAGGAUGCCAUGAUCCAUCUCCUCAACUUGUUAUGGCCCAACCUUUUCGAGACCAGUCCCCAUGUCAUUGACCGAAUCAUCGAAGCAAUUGAUGGCAUUCGAAUGGCUAUCGGCCCAGGACUCGUCCUUAAUUAUCUCUUCGCAGGACUGUUCCACCCAGCACGUAAGGUUCGAACCGCGUACUGGAGAAUUCACAACGACAUGUACUGCCAUGUAGCAGAUUCGAUGAUCCCUUAUUAUGGACCUGUUGGGGGCGAGCAGAUUAUCCGACCAGAACUGGCAAUUGUUAUAUAGGCGAGGGACAUAACGGCAACGGUGCAUGGGAAUGGGGUGGGAAUGUAUCAUAGCGAGUAUAGUGUAAAAUGAAAGCAAGAAUCAAAGAUAGGCAC